AUGGCCAAUACUCACACGCAUGCCCGGAGGCUAGUGGCGGCGCUGCCUCCGCCACCACUGCCUCAGGAUUCCAACGUCGAUGUCGCCGCUGGCUAUGCUUCCGACGACGUCGUUCACACCUCUGCUAGAUGCCCUGAACGCAAGAGAGGAGUGCCAUGGACGGAGGAGGAGCAUAAGCUGUUCUUGUUGGGGUUGCAGAAGGUAGGGAAAGGAGAUUGGAGAGGGAUUUCAAGGACCUUUGUGAAAACAAGAACGCCGACCCAGGUGGCAAGUCAUGCUCAAAAGUACUUUCUCCGCCGGAACAACCACAAUAGACGGCGCCGGAGAUCUAGUCUGUUUGACAUCACCACCGAUAUGUUUCUGAGUUCAGUUCUGGAAGAUCAAGUUCACCAAGAAACCAUCUCGCAACCACCACUGCAGCCGCCGCAUCUAAGCAACAACAUCCAAGUUGAAGGAUUUCGUGUGUCAACUUUUCCGGAGACCCUCUCUGCGACAGUGUUGCCGGGUUACAGGCGAGAACUCAAUGGAGAGCCUCACACUAGGACAAAGCAAUCAGGUAAAGAAAUCACCCAACCCCAUCAGGCCUAUCCCUAUUCUUCCUGUCCCUCCAUCUUCAAAAAUGGCAGAUCUCAGUUUAAACCAGACACACACACCCACCACAGACCCUCUUCCUUUAUCUCUAAAUCUCUCCACAACACCAUCAUCGCCAUCCGACCAGCAGUCACCGCCGGCGAAACAUGGUUCAGCUUUUCAAGCCAUGUCAGGCAGCUUUAA